AUGGUUCACGUCAACACGAAUCUGCUGCUGGGUGGGCACUACGACCAGGCUGGGUCUAUUGUGAUCCCAUCAUCCCCCGAGCUGCCGUCCUUUCAGCACCGGAGGUCAGUAACGCCAGACCAGGUGUCGCCCGGUAGAGAUCGUACGAGUUUUUCCACCGGCGUGGUAGCAAACAAUGGCGAAUAUUCCCACGACUUUAUACUUGUCCCCUCCACGCCCGAGUCCAGCCCAUCACCCACAGAAGAGAAGCGCGGCCAGAGAGCGUCGGAGAACGAUCGUGGAUCUCCCACGGACAGGAAACCACGUCAGAAACAGUCAGACUACAUCGAUGAUUGGACAUUUCCUGGUGUCUCCGAGCAGCCUGGUCACGCAAACACCACCGCCGCGGUCGAGGAUGCAGUGGUGGGUGCAAAGUCAGCAUUGCGAAGGCGACGAGACUGGACGCCACCCCCAGCAGACACGAUCAUUCUCAACUCCUCCGACUCCUCUGCCGCAGUUGCCGAGGCGUGGUCGUCUCCCCGUAAGUCGACCGCCAUGAACAAGCAACAGGGAAUCUUCAAGAGCCUCCGAGACAGCUUCACGUGCAAAGAUGACGCCGCAAACACAGCCAACGAUACAGCACGCCCGGUUGGGGAGAAGGAAGAUACAUUCACGGCGCGGAGAGCGAUUGAUAUGGUACCAGUUAACGACGGCGGAGCUUCCCCUGUGAAGACAAAGGCCCCGAAGAGAAAGGCUCGCACGAUCACGGAGCUGGCUGUUGCUGCCUAUGUGACGCCAUCCUCGGCCGAUGACGGCGCUCGUGCGCAGGCGACUGCCAAGAAGAGCAGAGUUGCCACGGGCAGAGCCAAGGACGUCGUGAUCAAUCCAGGCCUACCCCUGACCAAGGCACGGAAAGGUAUGAAGGCACGGCCGAAAGAAAAGGUCAAGAGAGGCAAGAAUACAGCCCCUGCAGGCCAGGCCGUAUUGCUUUCUCCACAGUCGGCAUUGGCGGAGUCCUCAGCACAGGACUUUGUCUUUGGCACAUCGAGUCAGCUGGCGGGAGACGAAUCGCCAACGUUUUUGCGCGCCCUGCAUACGGCCUUGCGGUCGUCGAACCAUCACGAGCGAGACCCCGACAUUUUCGCAGAGAUGGAUUCGGUUGACCUGCCCUCUCGGGCAGCAACAGCAGCAACAGCAACCGCAACACGACCCAGGCUCUGGACUGUGGGCGCACGGAUGGACGGCAAGCUGACAUUCGAUCACGUGGUCGAUCUUGAAGAUGACAUCAGCUUUCCCGACGACCCAGAGGCCAUCGUGCUAGCACAGCGAGCUGCGGAAGCACAAACGCAGAAGAAGCUCGAGACGACCAUUAGUGAGAAGCCUAAUGAGCAAGCGGACAAGGUUCUGAGCAAGGAGCCCCUGGUCAAGUCUCCGCCAGAGAGCAGAGACCCUGUCACCGCCUCGCCCCCACGUCAGGUUGACAGUCUGCCUAGCCUAGACCAGAGGACAGCACAGACGGAGACAGCUCGGCCAAUUUUUGAGGAGUUGACAGCCACGCAAAUGGCCGUGCAAGUGGCCUCGUUCGGUUACAAGCCAAUACGAGGGCGCAAAGCCAUGGUCUCGCUGCUGAGCCAGUGCUGGGAAGCCAAGAAUCAGCCGCUUUCCAGGGCCCUUCACACUUUGACACCGGGGAGUGCAGCAGCCCCCAGCAGCAUAUCAAAGCGAAAAUCUGGUGCCAAACGCAAGAAAACAGCAGCCACCACAGCGGUACCGAACGACGCCGCGGGCCCAAGCGCCACCGCCAUUCCAGCCGACACCGGAAAGGUGGGACGGCCAAGAACGCCACGGACCAAGGCAAAGCCGCUUAUUUUUGAGAUUGAAGAUUCAGAGUCAGAUGGCCGGCUGUCCUCUUCGCCUGAGCCGCCGUCUUCGCCUUCGUCCCACGAUGACCUCUCGACGGAUCCGACAGACGACGAGGACAUGUCGCUUGCGGCAGCACUGACUGGCGAGGAGUCUGAGCUUUUUGCGCUGAUCACCAAAACAGUAACCGCAAUGCCCCGGACGAACGACCCGUUGAAGCCUUCGUGGCACGAGAAGAUACUGAUGUACGAUACGAUUAUCCUAGAGCCGUUCACGGCCUGGCUGAACGACGGCCCGCUAUCUGGGGUGGGCUACACCGACACGGUGACUGCGCUUCAAGUCAAGAAGUGGUGUGAGUCCAAGAGCAUCUGCUGCACCUGGCUGUGCACCCAGCGCGGGACAGAAAGAAAGUUGUGA